UUCAACUGCAAGUCAAACCUCGCUCCACGGCGCUGAAACGUUUUCAUUUUUCAUCAGUACUGGGUUAAUUUCCUUCUUACUCCAUAACUAUACCAGCUGUGUAUCCUACCAGGAACGUGUCUAUGGAAAAUAACUAGGCUUAUUACACUUUUAAACGACGUUAGUUUUAGGAGAAGACAACAGAGUCUGGAUUUGAUUGGACUGUAAACAGCCUACAACAAGACAACAAGCAAGGACAUGCUGAAGAGAGGUCAGUGAGGAGGAUGAUAACAGAAGAAUUAACGACAGUGAAGUGGGGGAUGAGACAGAGACUGAUAUAAGAGGAGGAAGUGGAACUCCAAAGUGCCUACUGCGCCAGGUCAUCCACUGCUGCUGGUUGGCUGCUGUCUGACUUCUCGAUGAGAGCAGGACUGGCUCAGAGUGUGUUUGGCCUUGAAUGGAGGCUAUAUUUCAUCUGGACAGCCACAGAGUCAUCCACCCCACGUUGCUGAGCUGCAGCCUCCACAAACGCUGAGCGGAGUCGCCACCUUGUCUCAUCAGUGCAAGGACAUCUUCCCUAUAAGGUUCGGGUUUUGUUGUUCUACUGAGAUCUACUUUCUCUGUUCGAGCAUUGAGAACCCUACAGUGAGCACCUCAGCCUCGGCCAUGUUGACGUGAAUGUAACAGUGACUUACCGAGGGUGUUGGUUGAUUAAGGUGAAAGCACAGCCACUCUGUGACACAUCCAAGCAUGCCGGAGUGAUGUCCUCUCACUAGUUUUUUUUUUUCGUUGAGACAGAGCUGGCCUCUGCUCACAGUCAGCACCCUCUAUCUCACUGGACUGAAACUUCAGCUGCCAGUUUUCCCAGGAAGAACUAAUAAACAUCCCCUAAAAUAAACCAACCAAAAGGACUAACUGCCUUUCUGCUCUGAGGAAAACUAUUUUUGCUUUUGUUUCCUCUUUGUUUUGCUGGCAUUUUUUUCUUGCAUCACCAUUAGUCAGCUGUGCUCUUAUCAGAUAGUUUUCCGUCCAUCCGUCUGUCUCCAACGCUUCUGAGUGUUUGUAAGUGACUCUGAUGGCUGUAAGCAUGACCAUGGGACGAGACACCAAAUGGCUGACCCUGGAAGUGUGUCGUGAGUUUCAAAGAGGCACCUGCUCCAGGUCUGAUGCUGAGUGCAAGUUUGCCCACCCCUCCCGGAGCUGCCAUGUGGAGAAUGGCCGAGUCAUUGCCUGCUUUGACUCACUCAAGGGUCGCUGCAUACGUGAGAACUGUAAAUACCUGCAUCCACCUCCACACCUGAAAACUCAGCUGGAGAUUAACGGGAGGAACAACCUAAUUCAACAGAAGGCGGCAGCAGCCAUGUUGGCUCAACAGAUGCAGUUCAUGCUGCCUGGAGCACAGUUACAGCCCAUAACAACAUUCCCAGUAACGCCUACCCUGGCAACCAGUCCUAGCAUGGCGUUCAGUCCGUAUCUGAGCCACAUGGGCCCAGGCAUGGGCUUGAUGCCUGAGCUGCUGCCCAGUACUCCCCUGCUGGUCCCUGGGAGUCCCACUGGCCUAGCAGCCAUGGGCAACGGCACCUCGGCACAAAAACAUGUGCGCACAGACAAGCUGGAGGUUUGUCGAGAAUUUCAACGUGGUAACUGCACACGGGGUGAGAGCGACUGCCGCUAUGCUCACCCCCUGGAGGCUGGGAUGGUGGACUGCAGUGAGAACUCGGUCAUUGUCUGCAUGGACUACAUUAAAGGACGCUGCAGCAGAGAUAAGUGCAAAUACUUCCAUCCUCCGGCUCACCUGCAGGCCAGGAUCAAGGCUGCACAGCACCAAGCCAGUCAAAACACAGUGUCUACAGCCUUGGGUCUGCCUCCAGGCACUGUGCAGCCGCUUCCAAAGAGGCCGAUCCUAGAGAAGAGCAACGGAGCAGCUGCCACUGUUUUCAACCCGAGCAUGUUCCACUACCAGCAGGCCCUGGCCAACAUGCAGCUCCAGCAACCAGCUUUUAUUCCCACUGUUCCCAUGAUGCACGGUGCCACCACCUCCUCUGUUUCGUCGGCUUCGACCCCAGUCACCAAUGUUCCUUUCGCUGAAUCAGCCACCUCCAAUCAGUAGACCCCUCAGAGCUUCUGACCCCUGAUCCAGUGGAGCUCCAGUGCGUUCCCAUGGAAACCCAUUUCUGUCCCGUCUCCAAGCUGCUGGUGGCGGCUCCAGUGGCGCUAAACUCAGUAAGCCUUUCCCGAAACCCCAGUUAAAGCCCCACACCACCAGGGAUGCGGGGUGAAUUCAACAAACAUGUGCCUCGCCUACAGCACACACUGAUGGAGUGACAUAGUGAAACUUCUUGUACAACUUUAUUUAAAAUAGAAAGCUGCAACAGUUCACGCAAUACAAGCCUGGACGUGUUCCUGUUGCUUUGAAGCAGCCAUCCUGAUCAGGCUGAGCAAUAGAGCUCCCUCCUUCUUACAGCCAUACAUCCCCUUACCUUAAAGUGCAGCAGACAUGUACACACUUAUGACUACAUGCCCUUUACGGGUUGAAGCCAUCACACGAGGCGACCCGACACAUUUGACUGUUCCAAAGUGAGAAACUCUGAAAGUUAACUAUGGGAGCGCGGACUGUUUUAUCAGAGCUCUUGCUGGUCAAAGAACAUCACUAGAGUGUUUCAUAUCAUAUCAUGUUUACGUUUAAAGAUGGCUAUAAAUGUAACGUUCAUGUCGUACCAUGUUCAUCAUUCAGUCUGCUUUCAUGGUCUCAUGUUGCCUGGUGAAUCAUCAGUCAGUACGUUUACAUGCACUUAGAAAAAGUCAUUAUAUCAGUCUGACUAGAACUGGACUUUUUAGAUAGUGGGACUAACACACCAGGGUAAUGCGGUUUUGAUUUACUUCAACAUGUAUACAUCUCAGACAGACCGAACUUGACAAGGUUUUCUGCACAUGUUUCAAAGUUUUCAUGUCGGGUUUUGACCUGGAGGUUGAUGCUAGCUUUAGCAGAAGUCACAUUGUUGUCUGCUCUCUGAUUGCACCGUAAGCUAGAGCAGGGAUGGGCAACUUUGGACUCCAAUAGGGCCACAUAUAUUCACUCAAUUAUUCUAAUUGCAGAUGGGGAAGAAAGUUAAAAAUGUUACAUGCUCUUUAGCAGACGAUUUUGAUUUUUUUGUUACAAUGUAACAAAAGGUACAAAUACAUAGCUUUAAUCAGAAUUUAUUAAACUACACUAAAAUCAAAUGUGAACACUAAUUAUAAAUUGAUUUUUAUUUAAAGCCAAUUUCAGCUACUUUUUUCAAUUAAAUGAACAGAACAUGUACAUAUUUAAAAGUAUAUUUUAUUAUGUUUUCAAAUGCUUUUAGUAAUGCUUCACUAAAGAGUUUUACAGAAACACAGCCUAUUAUUUUUAAUUUCACAAAAAACAAACAUAUCAGAAAUCACACCUAUUAUUAUGAGAAUACUUGCAACGUUUCAUGGCAGAUUCAUGCUAUGUAUCUUCAUUAGUGCUGUCAGUCUAUUAAAGUAGUUGAUCUGAUUAUUACAGGCUUUGAAAUUGAUUGAACCAAAUUAAUCACACGUCAAUGAUUUGAGAAAGAUUGCGUUGAUGGUAGACUUAAUGAUAGCAGCAACAGAGCAAUCAGAAAGGACAUGUUUCUAAAUGGCAUCAAAAUGUUUUAUUAGCUUUUAAAGAACAGGAGUAUUGGACACUUAAUAGUCAAUCCAGGAUGGUGUUAAUCUGUAGAAUAUGGAUUUUAUCUAUAAAAUUAUGGAACUAAAGAGCACAGAGAUUUUUUUCAUGUGUUCUAGUUGAAGUUCCAAAGCUACUUUGGCCAGCUGUGUGAUGGCAUCAGUGGGUGAUUAGGGCCUGUGUCUAUAGCCAGCUUUUUUAGCACUGGCAACGCUUAUUUUUAAUUCAAAACCAAUGUAGUCCAGCGUUCCAAGCGCUCAGUGCCCUGGGCGGAAGAAACUCCUCAGCAUCAGCUGUUUUUGUCACCACACUUUAAGGUUUCCUAAGUUGAAUACAGUUCAACUUUUUCAACAACGCUGUGCUCGUCAAUGUCGCUUCUCCCUCACUUCCAAUCAGAAUCAAAAAGGGGCAGGACUUCUGACUAUAGUGUAACAGAAACUGAUCUGACUGCUUACUGUGUCAUUUCUCAAGGAUAGUUUUCAUGGCUGCAGCUGCUGCCUGUGUCAAGACAGGAUUUCUGUAUAGUCUGUGUGACUUCUGUGUGGCAUUUCCUUGAAAUGCAGAAAUAUUAAGCACAUAGAGCUAUUUUAAAACAAUGUUGCACUUUCUACCAAGGAAAGUGGGAUUCAUUUUUUGAAAUGUAGCAACAAUAAAUACUGGUGAGAAACACUAUGGAAAAAGGGUCUGAGCACUGCGAGUGCAUCGACACGCAGCCUUACACAGCAUACAUUUUUAAUCACAUUUUUCAUUCUGUGAUUAAUUAAUCAAAACUAAUCUAAAAUUUUGACAGCACUAGUCCUCAUGUUGUUUGAAAUCAGAAAUUGACUUGAGAGCAUGUGGCCCUGGGCCCACAUGUUGCUCACCCCUGUGCUAGAGAGAUAGAGUGCAUUGCAUAUUUGCCAGAGGUAAGGCAUAGAGUAUAUGCAAACUGUACAGAACUGUUAUAUUCAUCCAUGUUUUCAUAAGGUUAGUUCAUUCCCCAUACAAACAGAUUGCUGCCUAUCUACAUGAUGCAAACUUGUUAGCAAGGUCAUAAGGAAGAAGAUACGUAGUGACUAGCUGAAGGGGGUAUAUCACCAACUACUGUAGUAGAGGUGGGGAUACUUCUGCCUACAAACUGAUUCUCCAACACUGCACUUACACUGAGGCAAGUACAGUAGUCCAGUUAAAUAUCCUACCUGGAGCUUGACUUAACUGAACAUGUAAACGUACUGGGUGAGUCAUCAUUAAUUUGUUUGUGCCUUUAAUUUGUCUGCUAAGCUGUUGAGGAGACUCCGUUUCCACAGUAAUUUAAAACACUUAACAGCAUACAUUUACCAGUUGAAAACUUAGUUAUUUACAACAAAAGGCAGUGUCUGUUGUUACACAAAUGCUGUGUAUAUGAUCAUAGCUCAUAUUGUAAGAAAAUCCAAUUGUAACAGUGGUCACCACUUUAAGGUAAUGUUGUUUCAUAAACGUGAACUAUGUUCAGAAUAGUCCCUUUAUUUUAUAGUCAGUAUCUUAUUAACUUUCUGGAUCCUAGCAGCAGAUGAGGAUUAUCUUUCAUGUAAAGGAACAACUUUAAAAACUGAAGUGUCAACAGAUUAGGAUACAGUCAGCUCAUAGUUAAACAGGAUAAAAUUAGGAAGUUUAUGUAUUCUUGAUUAAAGAGAAAAACUGACUCAAGCAGUGAGGUUAUAUUCUCUGUGAAAGCUUGAAUUAUGAAACUGUUCAAUUUGAGUGAUUGUUUUUUUGAAAGCCAUCAUUUGAUUAAUAAUGGUGUAAAAGAAAGACAAUCUGCAAGCUUAUUUGAGUUUCUUAUUUUUGCGAAAAUUACUUCUGGCUUAAGCCACAAACCCAGACGUACCGUGUUUAGCUCACUUAGAAUCGACAACUGUCAUAUUGAUAACUACAAACAUAAAUCUUGAUCUCUUUAUCCGAUGUAAUAGUGGUUGCACAAAAUUGAAGCUGGAUUUGUUUCCUGAUGUUGUGCCUAAUGACAGUGUGUGCCAAGAGAUGGUAUAUGCAAAGAGCUGCACUGUUUAAUGCAAUACCCAAAUAAUUCCCUCUUAAAUUAAGAGAUCUGUUUUGAAAAGGGCCCUUUGUGUGAUUCUUGUCUUUCAUGCAGCUUUUGGGUUGAGUGAGUGGCACAAGAGUUUAUAAGUUUCAUGGCUCUUUAGAGAGGAAGGUCAGGACUUGAACUGUCCAGUUCGACUUUGUAUUGUGUCAUUUUUCUACCACUGUGUGCAUUUCGUCAAACUUUAUCAGCCUGAUUAUGGCAGCCACAGAUGUUAUUACCAAAACAAAGUAAUGGUAAAGCCUUGAAAUGGAAAAGUAUCACAUGUUUAAUUUCUGGUUGUUUAAAGUAACCACAAAGCAGAAAAAAGCCUGUAAGAAUUGCUGUUUGUGAAAUGUUGACAUGAAAGCUGCAGAAACUUGACUAAAGUCAUUCAUAUCUAAAUUCAAAUGUGCCUCUUUAAAGUCUCCUCAAACCACUGUUUUCAGUACACUGUAAGAACAGAACAGUGCACAAAAAUAGACAUGCUAUAUCAUGAAUUAUUAUAACAAUGAAUUAAAUCUGUAGUAUUUAAUUCUCUAAGACAGGGUUUAUGGAAAGACUUGAAUGAUAGAGUUGUGUGCAUAAAUACGUGUCCAGAGAAACAAUGGAUUACAUCUUAGGCUGAGGUCACACCACAGGAUUUCUUUUGUCUGUUGUGAUGGUCAAUUUGUCAGAUUAGGCAGUCAGAGCCAUAAAUUUGUGGCGUGACUUGACUGACAGAUAUGAAGCCUACACAGAGGUUCGCGGUCAGUCAGUGUGACACGUCUCUGUGUCACAUCAUAAAGGCAGAGAGGUUGUUACAGUCUGAAAAACUUUUCCUCUCUGAUAGUCACAUCUCACUGCACCAACUUCAUCGCUCUUUAUUUGAUUUGCCGUUUAGUUUGUUUACAUCUGUGACUGCUGUGUGUGCAGAGCACUCAGUGCUCUGGUUCCUAAAUGUCCCUGAUAGGGAUGCACAAUAUCAUUGGCAUAACUUCAAUAUCUACAUUAUGGUGGGAAAUAAGCCUCUGCUACCAGCUAAAUGCAGGUUUUAUGCAGUAUCAGGUGAAUUCUAACAACUUACCAGCCACUGGGGCAGAUAAAUAAGUAGCCUAACCUAACAGAGUGAUUUUGUUACAGUAAACAGCGUAAGUUAAACCCAUUUUUUCUGCUUGUUCCUACUGAGUCUUUGAGCAAAGCUGAGCAAACUUGCAUGCUCACUGACCAAAAACCCUGCCUCCGUCUCCCUGUGUCAGAGCUGCUUUGUGCUGGGAUGCUGGGACUCAGCCUCAUUAGAGAGUAUUUCUCCACUGCAACUGGUUUAUCUGCUAAAGGUGUUUUAGAGGUGUGCUUGCUUGUCACAAGUUCAAAGUAGUUGAACAAAGCCAGAUUUUGGUGUAAGACUACAGAAAUCGGCACAAAAUAUCAAAUUCUAGCCAAUCUGACACUUGUAAUGCAGGAAAAUGCCUAUGAAUUUACAGUGUCCAUAGGAAGCACUGCAGACAUUUGGAUGGUAGAAUAUAGGACAGAUUAUUUGAAAAACAAGCUAUGGGCUGCUAAUAUCAUAUCAUUUAUUGACUGUAAUAAAUGAAUAAACAUUGGCAGCAUGUAUGAAUAGGUUGUGAGACCAUUAACUGAUAUUUAGAACUGAUAUGUAUUUAUUAUUGGGUGGCAGAAGAAAAAAUGCAUGAUCAAAAAUGGAAGGAAAAUUUACAUUUUAGCGCUCAGCCAAUCAGAAUAAGGAAUGGUACAGUGCACCAUAGUAGCAGCAGGAAAACAGGAAUUGAUGCUGUAUAUCCACUGUGUCAGUGAUACCCAGGCUUUAUUACUGAUUGGCUGGUAUUCAUGUGGCAUUUAGCCAAUCAGAUUGUGGAAGAAAAACCUUGCAGUGGAGCCAGAGUAGCACACUUUUGAUUAAUUAAUUUUAGCAUAUAUCUGUAAAAUAAAAUGCAGAUACCAAAAUCAGUCAAAUGCCAAAUAUCAGCCUCAAUAAUCAGUUAGACGGAUAAUCAGUCAACCCCUACGUUUAAAAGUGCUUAGAGGACUAAAGAUUGUUUAAUUUUUUAUUGUUAAGCUUUAAAAUGUAUUUUAAGGACUGAAUUUUUAGGUCUAAAAUACACAUUUAAAUAUCAGUACUUAUAUUAAAAUGAAUCUGUUAAUAUCCACACAUUAGAUGUCAGCAAAAAGCCAAAUCGUGCAUCCCUAGUCCCCGACAUCACUGAACAAAUCAUAGAAGGCAGGACAGAAUCAGACAGGCUAAACCUUAAGAAGAGAGGUCAUGAGGUGUCUUAGAGAUGGGACAAGCCAGAUUUUCAGGGUCGGCUGGUCCCUUUUCUCUACGACCGUCAGUCAGGUCAGGCCACAAUCAGGCUGAAAACAUGUAGUCUGACCUCAGCUUUAGUUGAGUUGUAAAUGCUGCUGAUACUAUCUCAGAGAACAGAGUUCAUUCUAAAUAAUAGUGAAUUGAUGUUGAAAUCUAAUGAUUCACUCUAUAAAGACUAUUUCUGAAGUACCAUAGGCAGCAUGCUAAUACUAUUCAGACAUUAUAUAUGUUUUGUUAUAUAAACUUAGCACAAUAAGUAAGGAAAUUUAAAUUUGUGUUUGGUUGAUUAUUUAUUUGUUAUACCAAAGCUUCUUGGUUAUAAAUUGUAUACCAUAGGAAAGCCUGUUUAUCUCCCUUUAAAUGGUGCCACCUUUGUGAGGAACAUGCAUUUGUGGGAUGAGCAGUAGAACUGAGUAAUUGGGUUGUAUAACAAGACAUAUUGUCAAUUUAAUAAUGUAUUCAUUUAACAAGCAGGAGCCUCAGUUGUGAGUGGAAGAACCACAGGAUUGCCACUGGCUGGAGAAUCUCAUCUCUGUAAUCUCUCUGCAUUGAGAUUGCCUCCAAUCAUGACAUUCAGGCACCUGAUGGUUAUCACAUGAGGGUACCAGAAGCUCAAAACAAGAGUCAUUAGCAACUGCAAAGUAAGCCGUUUUUGCAUUGGCAGAGAAGAUUUGGCAUUUUAUUAAUGAGUGCAGCCCACAUACUCAGCUCUACUGCUCAUCCCACAAAUGUAUGUUCUUUACAAAUGAGACACCAUUAAAAGGGAAAUAAACAAGCUUUCCAACGGUAUAAGAUUUAUUGUUACAACAAAGAAGUAAUCUAUCAAACACAAAUGUCCUUACUUUUUGUGCCAAGUUCAGGUUUAUAUGUGGGUUGAUGGAUGGGGUGAUUCCUUUAAAAAAUAUCUGCUUCUCUCAGAAAAGGUAGACCAAAACUGUACUUUUGAAGUUAAUGUGUAUGUUAUACAAGCACUAGCCCCUUACAGUACCAUGUCUUUGAUAAGCAGUUUUAUUAUCCUACUUGCUAAAGUGCCCACAAUGAAGCUAAACAAUAUCAGAAUUAUCAUGAUGCUAUAAUUGCGAAUUUUUUUGAGGAUCUUCAUAUGAUAGAAUAAAAAAAGUAACUGCCUGGAGACCAUCCAGUAGGAGGCGCUACUGCUGCAACAAAAGGGUUAUCCUUAACAGGCUUCCCACUUAUAAACACUGAUAACUGGUUUCAGUGGGGGCAAAACUCACCGACUCUGACUUUCUCCAACAUAGUUAUGUCUUAUUUGGCUGUUUACCUGCCAGCAGAGCGAUUCAUCUUCAGUAAAGUAAACUGACCUGGCUCUUUAACAGGGAAAGAAUUAGACUAGCUUUUCAGUCUUACAAGCUAAGUCUUUAAGAAAGCUGUCUCCUGGUUCAAGCUCAUUACGUGAGCAGACAUGGGACAGAAAUGAUGCUUAUAUAUCACCCCAGAAAGAGUGUAAACACAUGUAUUCUCCCAAAAGCUGAAGCACUUACCUAGUCCAGCAUUACCUUUCUAUCUGUUAUAAAAUAAAACUUGAGGUAUUUUGUUUUCUUUCUGGUGUCAUUCAUAUGAUAAGCAAUGGGGUUUUCCAUAUAGAAACAUACUUCUCCUUUACCUCUGAUAGUUGAUGGACUUCUCUGCUGAAUUUCUUUACUCGUUGAAGAAUCUGGACAGAAACGCUCCCUCCCGCUCAAUGAAAUUGUGAUUAUAAGAAUGUCCGGAUAAAUUUUCUUGUUUGAAGCUUUGUCCAGCCAAGAAAUAAUCCAGCCUUUGUCUCCUUGCCCCCUUUGCAUCAUUUUGCCUUCACUGACUGCUGUCCAGCUGGAAAAAAAAAAUACUUGACUAAUACAUUGUGCCUCCUGUGGGCGUUUGAUUUAAGUACAUUUAGUGGCAUGUAUUCAUGCACCAGAGUGUCUCAAAGGGGGAAUUUGUGUUUUGGUGUAGGAAAAGUUGCUUUUACCUCUUUCCUUCUCUCAUCGUGUCCUACUUGAUAUUUUUUAGGCCUGGUAUUUUUUCCACACAGACAUGAAUCAUCAGUGUGAAAUAUGCAAAAAGCUCUGCUCAUUGUGUGCAGGUCCUUUUGCAUUCAGAGGGUGAAUUUGAUCCUGAGCAGACGUGUGAUGCCCGGGCACAAACAAAAAAGGGCCUUAUAUCCGGCUCACUGUAUAAAGAAUUGAUAGCUGUGUAUGACAGUGACAUGUAUUAACGUUAACUUAAGAUUUUUUAUCUGACAUAGAAAUCACAGCAUGGAAAUAAUACAAAAUUCAUUUAUACAUAGUUGAUAGUUUGUGUAGAAGAUACAUUUAAAUCAUUUGUAUACAAUGAUGGGGUCAUUGUUAAUGUAAUAGUUGCUGUUGCUAUGGCAACAAUAUGACAACAUGGCUACCUUUCUAUUAUCCUAAUUGUGAUUUUUUUUUCACAUUCAUAGAAAUCACAUACAACACUAACUUAUUCAAAAAGGGAAUGUCUAAUUAGUUUGUCUUGACGUUAUUGAAUAUUUUGUAAGAAAUCCUUGAUAUAUCCAAAGGUCCUUAGGGGAGAUCAGGUGUUUGUUUUUUUUGUUUAUUUCACUUAAAUCAUUUUUGUUCUUAUACAUGUUGUUUUGAGACUUUAGAAUGGAUUUGGGCUUUUAAUGCCAACACCUGUCUGUCAGGGAGGAAAAUCGGCUUUUGGACGACUGAAGGAGGCUCAUCUUUUCCUGUAAAGUUUUACUUAAAAGUCCUCACUCACCUGGAUGGUCUGCGCCCAGUUUCCUGUGGGUGGAAACUGUGUGAGCUUUCAUUUCUUCAGUUUUGCCUGAAAGGUUGUCCAGAAGCCUCUUCCUGCCCAGCUGUGCUGGGUGAUGUCGAUCCUUGCUAAGGUGUAUACGAAUGUGUAACGUUCACCUUGUUUGCACUUAUGUACAUAACUAUGUUGAAAAUACUCAAAAUUUAUUUUGAAUAAAUAUAGAUGAAAGAGUUGAUUAAAAAAUCAAAUCAAUGUAUUGUUAAUGAUAUAAGUAUGUUUGUCAUUUUAUUACAGCAGAUACAUAUUGCUUUGUCUUUUUGUUUGCUAGAGCCCUGCUCUUUGCCAAGCAUGACUUUGCCAAGCGAUAAAAUAUGAGCACUUUGCUUUAAAAAUUCUUUUUAGACUUUCAUUUAUGGGGAAAAUUGGCUCAACCAAAAGGUUGAUUUGAGGAAACAUUUGGGAAAAAAAUGUAAAAACUAGCCCUAACACUGACCCUACAACUGCAUCAAUGAUAAUUCCUGUGCAGUAUCUACAGUCAUGCAAAAUAAAGGAGAGGCAUCCAGCUGCAGAACCUCUGUAGGGGCGUUUCAGGUUCAUCUGUUGCAGACCUCUACAAUGAAGUGACCUCCAGCAUGGGCCAGGUGGUGAUGUGAAAAUCCUUGUUGGGUUUUUCCUUAGUUUGUGGUGUGUUCCCUCCCCUUUACCCUGACCUUUAGGCUUCGAAUGCCUAACCCUCUUUGGGUUUUCCUUAGUUUGUGAUAUAUAAGAUUUAAAUGUGUACCCCUCAGUAAAUUUUCAAUUUUUAUUAAUAAAAUUCUGCUUUUCUGCAAAAUAGCCAUUUAUUACAAUAGCGAGCAGAAAAUAUAUGUCAUUUAGUAUGUCAUUCUGGUUCUGGCUUGGGGGUUGUACGUCACUUCCUACCCCAUAGUUGAGGUGCCCCAUUAUAGAGGUCUGCAACAGAGCCUUUUGGGAAUAAAGUGAAGAGGAGUGCCACCUGCAGGCUGAAAAAUGGAGAAGGUGUUUAAACCCACCUCUGAGGGAUCUGAAUGUGAGAUGCAUUCAUAAGCCACUUUUAUUUGCCAUUUCGUGAAGUUCUUUGCUUCUUUGUUUUCAUCGUCAUAAAACAACCAUAAAUCUGAAUUCUCCUCAGGAUUGAAGUCCAAUGUCAAACAACCUGUUUUAUUCUGAUGUAUCUCCUGCAGCAGAAGCAACAACAUCUUUCACAGCUCUAUUCCUCUACAUUUAAACAUGCGAUGCUCUUCAAAUGCUGUUUAAGCCAACGAUUUUGUUGCCAUGGCACUUGUCCUAGCGCUUGAUGGACUGAAUCAUGCUUGUGAAAACAUUCACAGCCCUCUGACUACACAUGUGGAGAACUAGAGUGCACUUAUCAAACUGUGGGUUCCCAUUCACCAACAAGUGAAUAAGACUGUGAUUUUAUUUUGAAAUGUGUUCAUUCUUACCAUUAUGUUCAAAUAAUUGAGUUGUAAUUGUGCCUUUAUAAUGAAAGGUUUGAUUUUACUUAAAUGCUCUAUAUUUAAGUUGACUUUUUAGGCACAUGUGUCACGUGUCAAACACGUCCCUUUAUAAAAAAAAUACUUUGUUGGUGAGUUGUUAUCGAACUGGGUAAAUUCACAGACCAAAUGGCAACCUGUGAGAGACAAUGAGGGCCAAAGACUGUUCGGGACUAAGCCAUAUGAAAAACUGUCUGUGACCCUCUAGGACAGACACAAAGUGACUGCUGUCAUCAAUCCUUUCACUUGCUUUCUGCUUGUGGUGCUCGUGUGUGCUGCUGUGCUUCAUGCCAAUUUAUUUUGCAGUGUAUAGCUAUUAAGAGUGAGUUACUGUGCCUAUAAUGAGUUCUGAAAUUUCUGUUUGACCUUUAA